AGGUUAGUAGGAGGGGGUAAGUUGAGUUCGGGACUGCAGACGUUCCGCUCCUCCGCUGGUAUUCCAGGAAUGUGUUGAUCAUGGCGGCCGCAGUGAAGCCCGUGAAGAGCGGACUGCUGGAGCUCCGCGUUACCGUGCACCACUGGAUCCGUGUGCUCGCCUCUCUCAGCGAGGACUCGUUCACCGUGAGCCCCGGAGACACCGCCGAUGAGUCCGCGAACAGCUGCUCGCCCGCGCCCGGAGGGGCUGUUAACGGGGAUCCGGCGAACCUCAGCGCCUCCCCGGUACCGGACACCAUCACGAACGUCAAACGAACCGUCCGAGUCACCAAACAAGAAGUUGGAGGACUCGGAAUAAGUAUUAAAGGUGGUAAGGAGAAUAAGAUGCCCAUCCUGAUCUCAAAGAUCUUCAAAGGACUGGCGGCGGACCAGACGGAGGCUCUUUACGUGGGCGAUGCGAUUCUGUCCGUCAACAGCUACGACCUCAGAGAGGCCACUCAUGAUGAGGCUGUUCAGGCCCUGAAGAAAACCGGCAAAGAGGUCAUUCUGGAAGUGAAGUAUAUAAAGGAGAUGUCGGUGUUUUUUAAGGCCGGAUCGACGAUGGGACCCCCAGUGCUUGAUUCCCCUCCAGCCACCCCGCAGAAACAGACGGACCCCGCGCUUAAAGAGACCCGGACCAUCCCGCUCCGAAUGUGCCACGUGACACGCAAACAGUGUCCGCCUGACACAGAGGACAGGUAUUUUGAGGUGGUGUCAUCAGACAGGAAGAAGGCUGUGUUUCUGCGGGCUAAAGAUCACGCCAUGGCUCAGGCCUGGUACAACGCCAUCCAGACCGGAAGUGCAGCGUUACUGAGCAGUGCUAAAGCCGAGCUGAAAGCCCUGCAGCCCAGUCUGGACGUCACACACAUCGGCUGGAUCAUCGAGCAGGGCUCAGAGCGGCCGAUCCUGGCGGUGCUGACAGACAGAGAUCUGCUGCUGUACGCAUAUCUGCCUGACAGCAAAGAGACGCUCAACAGCCCAGACAAGAGCUAUCCUUUAAUUACCACCAGGCUGGUUCACUCUGGACCGGGGAAGAGUUCAUCAGUCCACGACUCUGAGCUGACGUUUGGCCUGCGUUUGGGCACUAAACAGGGUGUGGAGACGCAUCUGUUCAGAGUGGACACGGCUAAAGACCUGUCCACCUGGACGCACCUGCUGGUGGAGGGCUGCCACAGCGCCGCCGAGCUCAUGCAGGAGGUCACCACAGCGUGCAGCUGGAACGGGAAGUCAUGCAUGUUGAGCGUUCACAUAGACAAAGGCUUCUCGUUGUUCACGGAGGAGGCCGGCGUCAGGAGGAAUGUCCUUCUCCAGCAGCCCUUCGAGCGUCUGCGCAUGUCCUCAGACGACGGCAUCCGCAUGAUGUUCCUCGACUUCGGAGGCCCAGAAGCCGAGAUUCAAUUGGACCUUCACUCCUGCCCUAAAACCAUCGUCUUCAUCAUUCACUCUUUCCUGUCGGCCAAGGUCAAGCGACUAGGGCUGUUGGCAUGACGACGGCGCUCGGAAACCCCGCCUCCACAGGACAAACGCCAUGACGACGGAUGCGACCGGUGGACCACUGGACAUCAAGCCAAAUCUUCCAUCUCAGACUGUGACGAGUCAGUGUUCAGACGCGGACGGCCUGAACCCACCGCCAAUCAGUGAUGAUUUCACGCUGUUUUCCUCGUAGCACUGACCUUUUAUUUGUUAUCAUUUUAUUGGUUUGUAUCUCAGCUAAACUUUAUGGAUGUUUAAAACAUAAUCACAUAAUCAUACGCUAUCAGAGCAGCAACAGAAGCAAAACAAAAUAUUAAACUCUGUUCCAGAACCUACGUAGGCAGCUGUCUACUAAGGGAGCGUCUAGUCUGAACUGAUUUGAGACACUCAUGUCUGCUAAGAUAAUGCUGCAAUAAGCGUAAAAAUAUGCAUGAAAUAGUCCAUUGCAA